CCCCGCCCGCGCCGGGCUUCUCGCACCGCCCGCCGCCGCUCACAGCGCCCGGCCCCGGGCAGCGACCGGAACUCCAACGUAGGAAGUAAAUGGCAAAGGAACGCUGAGAGAUCGGUAACCUCCUCUGGGGCGAGUCAGAAACGCCACACCCUGUUUGCCGUGGAUCAGACCGCGCAGAACCGGGGCGGCAAAGAGCGCCAGUCAUGGAAGAUCGCGAUCAGAGCGCAGCGGCUCAGCGACCACCGGCUGUGCCCGCAGACCCCUCCACCAAGAUCCUCUGAGGCGAACUGCGCAGGCUCGACUCGGUGCGUGCAUCCCGGGAAGCCCGGCAGACCCGCCAGGCGGGGUCGUCCCGGCCGCAUCCCGCGGUUCUGGGUGACAGCCGCCGCGGCCGCCAUGUCGCACGCCGGCAACAGCGGCGAGUCCUCGCCGGCCUCGCGCCGCCGCCGCUCGCGCCUGCCACACGCGCAGGAGGACACGGCGGAGGCGGAGGCGGCGGGCGAGAGGCUCCGGCAGCUGAACAUCGGCGAGGGCGACGACAGGGAGCACAACAGGAUGAUCCGGAGCCAGUAUCGGGAGCUCAUCUCCACCGUGCAGCAAAAUCGAGAAGCCAUGCUAAAUUCAAAAAGCAACAGGCUGACAGAAGCUUUGGAAGAAGCCAAUAGACUUUUUGAUGGAGUUUGCCGGGCACGAGAGGCUGCACUGGAUGCCCAGUUCCUUGUUAUAGCAUCCAAUAUAGGAAAGGAGAAGGCCAAUGAGUUACACUCAGAGAUGUCAGCAUUUGAUUCAACAGCAUUUGCAGAAGACUUGCUGACCUUCAUGGGUAUAAAUCGCACAGAAGUGGAAGAAAAUGAUGACUCUGAGGAUGUUCCAGGUGGUUUUUUACCUAGUGAUGCCUGGCAGACAAUGGGAGAAGAAGCACCCAAGUACUUCAGAAGAGCACCUACUUUUCACUACAUGAUGGGAUCUUUCAAGUCUGAGCCUCCUGCACCAAAGCAACGGAUUGAGAGGCAGAAGAAAGCUAGCAGAGGCAAAGCAGAACGAGCAAUGCCUGCUCAGUUAAAAAAAAUGGAGGAGUCUCAUCAAGAAGCUACAGAAAAAGAAGUAGAGAGGAUCUUGAGAAUACUGCAAACUCAUUUUGAAAAUGAUCCUGAUACACCCAUUUCCUUCUUUGAUUUUGUGAUUGAUCCGAACUCGUUUGCACGCACUGUGGAAAAUGUGUUUCACGUGUCCUUCCUUACCAGGGAUGGUCUUGCAAAAAUAAAGCUGGAUGAAGAUGGAUUGCCAAUAAUAGAGCCAUUAAAACCCAGUGAGGGAGGGGAGGAGGACAGCAGAGCUGGAGCACGGAACCAGGUGGUGAUAAGUCUGGACCAGAAAGAAUGGAAGGAGAUCAUAGAAACAUUUCAGAUAAGAGAAGCCAUGAUUACCCCUCUUUAUCAGAGCACUGAUGAAGAUAUGGAGACAGAGUAACUAUUCAAGUGCCUUAAAGAAAAUACUUCAGGACAUUUGUUUCAACAACUAUUUUAUAUGUAUAUGUUGUAAAAAUAAAUUUAUUUUUUACAUCUCAA